AUGAAAAAUUGUACAGCAAUAACAUUUAUCCUGGUGGGAUUAACAGAUGACCCAAAUCUACAGGUUCUGCUUUUCAUCUUCUUGUUUCUAACCUAUUUGUUGAGUGUUGCUGGAAAUUUGACCAUCAUCACUCUCACCUUGGUGGACUCCCACCUUAAAACACCUAUGUAUUUUUUCCUCCGGAAUUUUUCCAUCUUGGAAGUAUCAUUUACAACUGUCUGCAUUCCCAGAUUUCUCUAUACAAUGGCAUCUGGGGACAAUGCCAUUACCUAUAAUGCAUGUGCCACUCAAUUAUUUUUUGUUGUUGUCCUGGGUGUGACUGAGUUUUUUCUCCUAACAGCUAUGUCCUAUGACCGUUAUGUAGCCAUCUGCAAACCCCUGCAUUACAUGACCAUCAUGAACAAAAGAGUCUGCAUCAAGUUCCUUAUUGGCUGUUACAUAAUUGCUCUAAUCAUUGUUAUCCCACCAUUUGGCAUGGGUUUUGAGCUUGAAUUUUGUGAUUCCAAUGUCAUAGAUCACUUUGGAUGUGAUGCCGCCCCCAUCCUGAAGAUUACUUGCUCUGACACAGAGUUUAUAGAGCGAUUUGUGUUAAUCUUGGCAGUGUUGACACUCCUCUUAACCUUGGUGUGUGUGAUUAUGUCCUACACUUACAUCAUCAGGACCAUUCUCAGAUUCCCUUCUGCCCAGCAAAGGAAAAAGGCUUUUUCCACUUGCUCUUCCCAUGUAAUUGUGGUUUCUAUCACUUACGGAAGCUGCAUCUUUAUCUAUAUUAAACCAUCUGCAAAAGAAGGGGUAGCUAUUAACAAGGUGGUGUCAGUGCUUACCACUUCGGUUGCACCAGUUAUGAAUCCCUUCAUUUAUACGCUAAGGAAUAAGCAAGUGAUACAGGCUUUCAAAGACAUGAUCAAAAGAAUUGCAUCUAUCUCAAAGAACUAA